AUGGGAAGCAAGGCUCUGCCGGCCCCCAUCCCGCUGCACCCGUCGCUCCAGCUCACCAACUACUCCUUCCUCCAGGCUGUGAACACCUUCCCCGCAGCUGUGGACCAGCUGCAAGGUCUGUAUGGACUCAGCGCCGUGCAAACCAUGCACAUGAACCACUGGACAUUGGGCUACCCCAAUGUGCACGAGAUCACCCGCUCAGCCAUCACGGAGAUGGCGGCCGCCCAGGGCUUGGUGGACUCCCGCUUCCCUUUCCCCGCGCUCCCCUUCGCCACGCACCUCUUCCACCCCAAGCAAGGCGCCAUCGCCCACGUCCUCCCCGCCUUGCACAAGGACAGGCCCCGCUUCGACUUCGCCAACCUGGCCGUGGCCGCCACGCAGGAGGACCCCCCCAAGGUGGGCGAGCUGGCCAAGCUGAGCCCCGGACUGGCCUCGCCCCUCUCGGGCAUCAGCAAGCUGUCCCCGGACAGAAAGCCCUCCCGCGGCCGCCUGCCCUCCAAGACGAAAAAGGAGUUCAUCUGCAAGUUCUGCGGCAGGCACUUCACCAAGUCCUACAACCUCCUCAUCCACGACCCCGGUGUUUCAAGUCGUGCGUUGCGAAUAGGGGAAAAAGAAUCUCCACACAAAUGCCCCACAUGUGGAAGAACCUUUAAUCAGAGAAGUAACCUGAAAACUCACCUUCUUACCCAUACAGACAUCAAGCCCUACAACUGUGAGCAGUGCGGGAAAGUGUUCAGGCGAAACUGUGAUCUUCGGCGGCACAGUCUAACUCACACCCCGCGGCAGGACUUCUAG